GAAUCUUCUCUUUGGAGACGUCUCAAUCAAAUAGUCUUUCUCUCAUUGUCGAAUAAAUGUUUGGAUUCUUAAAGUCUCCGGGGAACAACAAAGUUCCCAACGAAUCAUCAAACAACAAAGGAGGAGGAACGAUCAACGCAGGAAGAAGAACUUCUUCGGAACCAGUCCUCAUAACACCAGAUUUCGACGAAGAUGACGACAAGUACAAGAAGGGUUUCAGCAACUCUGGUGAUCUGCAGAGCCAGACGACGGAGGAUUUAGAGAAGUACGCGGUUUAUAAAGCCGAAGAAACAACCAAAGGUGUCAACAACUGUCUUAAGAUCGCUGAAGAUAUAAGAUCGGACGCUACGAGGACGCUUGAUAUGUUGCACGCGCAAGGUGAACAGAUUAACAGGACUCAUGUUAUGGCUGUUGAAAUGGAUAAAGAUCUCGGUCGGGGAGAGAAGCUUUUGAACAGUUUAGGAGGAAUGUUUUCUAAGCCAUGGAAACCAAAGAAGGGUAAAGAGAUUGCAGGACCUAUGAUCACACCAGAUAAAGCGUCGAAGAAGAGCGCGAAUAACAAAGAAGAGCGAGAGAAACUCGGUUUGGCUGCGAAAGGACGAUCGAGCAGCCAACCGAUACCAUCAGACCAACCAACAAACGCUAUGCAGAAAGUGGAGCAAGAGAAGGCAAAGCAAGACGAUGGACUUUCAGAUUUGAGUGACAUUUUGGGUGAUCUUAAGGGCAUGGCCCUUGACAUGGGAUCUGAGCUCGACAAACAAAACAAGGCUCUUGAUCAUCUCGACGGCGAUAUUGAUGAGCUUAACAACCGUGUUCAAGGAGCUAAUCAACGAGCACGUCACUUGCUUUCCAAAUAAAUACCUUCCAAAACAUCCAAAAAAAACUACUAUUUUCCUAUACGUAUUUUCUCUCUUUACGUUUGUACACUUGAAACUCUCUUCUUUGUUUCAUUCUUUGCUAUAAAAGUUGUAAAUAUAUAAGAUCUCAUUUGAUAUAAUAAAAGCAUUUUUUCAGUUCCUAAUCCAACAAACUAAUAAAAACAUUAAUACAUACAUACAUAUACUCGUACAGUAUGUAUUUACACCAAAAACUCUUUUAACAUAGAGUGAUUUUCGGACAAACUCUAUUAUUAUAGUGUACACUUUCCAACAUGAGAACAUAUGGUUCUUACCGUGGGAAAGAAGAUAUAAUAAAUACUAUACAAAU